AUCUGCAAGAUAGCUGCUUAGCAGCUAUGCAACCAUAUCCACAGCAUGCACAGCUAUCUAGCUAGCUGGCCAAUAUCAAUGCAAUGGAGAAGGUGGUCUUACAGUGGCUGUAUCAGUGCAGAGCAGUGACUGACAUUGUGAGGCAGUGUGAAAUACUAAAGGACACAGACAAGUGUAUCUGCAAGCUGGUGGUCCACUUUGAUGCAUGUGAGCUGCUGCAAUACAAUGCUGAACUAGGGGACGCUCUGCUGCACAGUCCCGGGACCAUCUGGCCACUAUUCAUAGAGGUGGUGUAUGCACUUGUCUCGGUGCUACACCCACUGCCAUUCCUCACAUCAUCGUCACAACUACUGCUACUCAUGAGACUGCACACUCUACCCACUCUGAGACUGUACAGGAUUGAUCAUGUGAGUGACCUCUCUCCCUUGAGGACAGAGCCAAGGUUCUACAGUUUUGUUGGAGUGGUCACUGCCCUGUCUGUUAAAGAGACAUUCACUGAGGCUGCCUGUUUCCGCUGUCAGAGAGACAGUUGCCCUGAGAAUCAGCGCUACAUUCGACUGCACACAGCCGGUGCAACUGAGGCCAUGACCAUGGCAGAGAGUGGCUGUCACCUCUGUGGACACAAGCUCACUGAAGAGCUAUCACAGAGGGUACUCACUGACAAGGUGUACAUGACUCUGGUCCCCCGCCGUGCACUGAGCAUGUGCAGUAGAGCGUGUGAGCGUUAUCAAGGCCUCCAGUUUGUAUUGCGGAGUGACCUCUGUGACCUUGUGAGAGUGGGGUGCGAGUGUGAGGUGAUUGGAGUACCCACACACAGUCUGGGGGGAAGUGACCAACACUCUGCUGUGAGGACACAAGUGGAGGUGAACAAUGUUCUCCCAGUACUGUUUCCACUACCCACCAUCACCCUCUCUACUCCACUCACAGAUCUCCUGCAAGGUGCUCAGUCUCCGUGGACUCUGUCAUCUCUCCUAGCCUACAGCUUUGCAGGUCACCUCUGCCCCGCUGGCUCCUACCAUCGUCUAAAGAUGGCUAUCCUUCUCUCUCUGGCUAGUUUGGGCACUUCUGACAAGACAAGGGCACUGCACUUGGUAGCCAUGGGAACGGAUACUCCUCUGUUGACUGAGCUGUUGCGUUAUGGUGGCUCUCUGUCUAAACGAUCAACUGUCCACUCCACAACCUUUGACCUCUAUGGAGGAGCUCGCAAAGAAGGAUCCAAUAUCUUCAUAGAUGGUGGAGCCUUGUCGCUGGCUGGGGGCGGUGUGUGUCUGGUGGGUAGUCUGGGAGCAAUGAAGAGAGACCUUAAAGACAAACUGGAGAGAAGUUUGGAGAGUGGUUACGUUGAAGUGAGUGUGCCCAAGAGACUCGGAGUGUCCGAGUUACAAGCCAUCUCCCUGCCCUUCAGCUGUGCCCUCUGGGGGAUCACCAGACACACUGAGGCAAGCACAAUAAGCAAGUCAUUGUUUGAUCGCCUUGGUCUAGUGUUAUCAUGUGACCCCACCCCUUGUUACGAGGACAGCCUCUCUGCUACCAUCACCAGACACGUACUCGACACAGCUAUGGGAUACACUGCCCUACCACUCUUAUCAUCCGACAUCAUCACCGAGCUGGUUUCCAGGGCGACCACAAUGGAGCCGAUGCUAGAGGAGAGUGCAGAGUCCCUUCUCGAGAGUUUCUAUGUUGGCAGUCGGAGAGUUCGAGGGUCAGAUAUGCCCAACACAGCACUGGAUACUAUGAAGGCUAUGGCACUGUCCCAUGCUAAGCUGAGACUUAGAAAAACGGCUACACAAGACGAUGCUCUGUUGGCUGUACUGUUUUAUGAGGAGUGCUUGGUGGGCCGUUUCGGUUACUCUGUGUUGAACGUGAGCCCCUCCCCUCACCUGAUGGACUCUGGGGACAGUGGCUCCAUUGGGGCAGAGUUUGCUGGCUUCAUGCGUGGACUACUGAAGAGAGUUGUGGAGUUUUGCAAGUGCUCUAACCCAACCGCCCUGCUAAGAGAAGAAUGAAUGUCUAUCACUCUAUUUCAUCAAAUCAAUCAUUAUUACUAGUGUAAUACCGUGUCCUUGUUAACAUGCAGUCAAUCCAUCCAUCUAUACAUGUAUUGAUCAUCCAUCAGCUAGAUUUUUUAAUCAUGUUUUCAUUGAUGCGUUUUUAAGUACUGUCAUCUCAUUUGACUUUGAGUGCCCAUAAUUAUACUGAAGCCAAUUUUA